AUGGCAAAAAAGGGAGAUCUAGCUUCAUCUUCCAUUUUGGCUUCAUCUUCAUCAAUGAAUCAUUCUUCCAUUGACGAUGUCUCCAGUCCAUAUUACCUUCAUCACUCAGACAGUCCUGGUAUAGUUCUAGUUUCACAGCAGCUAACUGGUGAAAAUUAUGCUACCUGGAAUCGAGCCAUGACCAUAGCAUUAAAGGUGAAAAAUAAAUUCGAUUUUGUUGAUGGAUCGAUUACUCGAGCUGAAGACAACACUGAGUUGCUUAAUGCCUGGAUCUGCAACAACAACAUCGUCAUCUCUUGGAUUCUUAAUUCCGUAACAAAGGAAAUUUCAGCUAGCAUCAUCUAUUCGGAAUCUGCUCACGAGAUUUGGAGAGAUCUCAAGGAGAGAUUUCAGCAGAGGAAUGGUCCUCGAAUCUUCCAAUUAAGGCGUGAAUUGAUGAAUUUGACACAAGGACAGUCAUCUAAUCUAUCCUUAUUUCCGCUGCAUACUAAAAUCACAAUCAGAACAAACAUUUGGUAUCAGUGCUCUCCUGAUCUUAAAGGCCUGUGA